UUUGAGUGUGAUAUUUUCAUCGUGAUAGAAGUGAAACUAUUUUGUUCAUCAUCAAUUUUGAAUUUUCAGGAUGUUGAAUUUUAAAAUAAUAAUUUCGAUAAUUGUGUUUUCAAAUUUCAUAUUCAGCAAUGUUAGCGCACAGCAGAAUUCAAGUGUAUCAAGUAUAUUGGACUCGCUUAUGGAAGGAUAUGAUAAACGAGUGAGGCCAAAUUAUGGAAAAAAUCCCGUAAAUGUCGGAGUAUCAAUGUACAUACUGUCAAUUCAUUCCUUCUCUGAAUCUGACAUGGAAUACACAAUGGACUUUUAUUUCCGACAGUUUUGGAAUGACCCAAGGCUAGCAUUUAGAAAGACACCAUCAAUCGCUUCAAUUUCACCUGGAUAUGAGUACGGAAGAGGAUUGUGGACGCCUGAUUUAUUUUUUGUAAAUGAGAAGGAAUCAUUUUUACAUGCAAUCACAACUAAGAAUGAGUUUUAUAGGAUCGAUUCGACCGGAAAUGUUGUUAAAAGUUUGAGAUUAAGUGUCACAUUUUCAUGCUCAAUGAAUUUUAUGAAAUAUCCGAUGGAUAAACAAAUUUGUACAAUUCCAAUAGAAAGCUACGGUCAUUACGCAAACGACAUUGUAUUUUAUUGGCGCAAUGAAAGAGAAUCAGUUGGUGUCAACAGUGACAUUACUCUACCUUUGUUUUCAGUCACCAAUAUUGAUACAUCACAUGAAUUGAUAUCACAAACCCAUGGCAACUAUUCAAGAAUAUCAGUGUCAUUGGGAUUCCAAAGAUCAGUUGAAUAUUAUUUGAUUCAAAUUUACAUCCCAUGCAGCAUGGUUGUUAUUAUGGCUUGGCUCAGCUUCUUCUUGAACAAAAAUGCCUCAAAUAUUCGUCUCGUAAUGUGCAUUGCUGGGCUUUUGUCAUUGAUUGUUGAGCUCCAAUGUCUAAACAGUUAUGUUCCGAAAACGUCAUAUGUUAAAGCUUUGGAUAUUUAUUCUGGAAUUUGUAUGACACUUGUGUUCGUGUCACUCGUUGAAUUUGCUUUCAUUUCCAACACUGAACAUUAUAAGGAAUCAACAAAAGUUCCAUGUGCUGACAAAAUAUGCCGUAUUGUGUAUCCAAUAUUCUUCAUCAUAUUCAACAUAGUUUAUUGGAUGAUCUACUGCCCAGGAUCUGAAAUCAUAUGAUCAAUAAUUUGAUCAAAAUUAUAAUCUUUGUUAUUUUAGAAUAAAAAGCUCAAAAUAAAACUUGAUCGCAUAUAAAUUCACAUAUAAUAUGAUAGAGAAAAGUGCAUCGCUAGAGACUAAAGCUAUAAAAUAAUUUUAAAUCUAUAAAUUGUUAUGACUUUUCCCAUUAGUUAUUCCAAAAAUAUUGACAAUUUUAUUUUUUAAUAAAGUUUUUAAAAAUUGA